AUGGUUCAAGAGUUUGGAGUCAAAUGAGUUGUAUCGAGAGUUUUACGAGAAAAACGAACUCUCUGCUGCGGAGGGCGAGCUCCUCCAUCCGCCAUGAGGCAGAUGGGUCUUCUGGCGACUGACUUAGCGGUCCAGGCGCCAUGUCUGUGCACUGGUUUGGCAGCUCAGGGCUUGACGACAUUGAUUCCGACCAACGCCUCCCGCCCUUGGCAGAGGCAGGAGCCUUCCAAUUUGCUGAGUCUGGGCUUGAGAUUAGCAUUGGCGAGAAAUGGCCUCCGAGUGGGAAUGCAGGCUGUACAGGGUUUGAGGGUUCCGAUCACUAAUAAGUUUUCUCCACCUUUGGGGGAUGCAUGGCUGUGGAGGACAAAUUCCGCCCUCAGGAUCGCUCCAGGAAGUAGAUCUGUCGGUCAAUUGCGUCAUUUUGUCGAUGCAGUGAAGAAUUCGGCUUUGUGUCAUCAGUGCCAUGCGAAAUUACCCACGGGGGCAUUGGCUUGCUUGUCGAGCACCGUCAACACUUUUGGAGGCGGUGGUGGAAGAGGGUAUGCUGGGAAGGGCGGAGGUGGUGGAGGAGGUGGAGGUGGUGAUGGGUUUGGGGCUGCAGCCAGUAAGGGAGCUGCGGCUGUGGGUGGGGAGCAAAGCGAUGACGUUCCGUUUGGUGGGGAGGUCGCAGAUGACGUUAUAAUUCUGGACGUUGGGGGUAUGUCAUGUGGUGGUUGCUCAGCUUCGGUCAAGAGGAUAUUGGAGUCCCAGCCACAAGUGACUCUCGCCAAUGUGAAUCUUGCUACUGAGACCGCUUUUGUUCAAGUUGUUCGGGGAUCUCAACCAUCACCUGAGUGGAAAACUGCUAAGCAUGCAAUUGGAGAGGCACUCGCGAAACAUCUUAGCAGCUGUGGUUUCAAGUCUACAGUUCGAGAUCUAAAUACAGAUUCCGGGAAGCCUUCAUUUGUGAGAAAGCGAGAAGAGAGGAUUGCUCGCCUGAAAGAUAGCGGACGAAGGCUUGCAGUGGCAUGGACACUGGCAGCCAUUUGUCUGGUUGGCCAUGCCUCCCAUUUCGUCAUGAAUGUACUUCCGCCAUGGGCCCACUUUUUCCACUCAACCGGGUUCCACAUGGGACUAUCGUUGGUGGCACUGGUUGGUCCGGGUCGUAAACUUCUUGUGGAUGGAUGGGAAAGUUUCAAGCGAAGAUCUCCCAAUAUGAAUACUCUUGUGGGGUUGGGGGCUGUUUCAUCCUUUGCUGUCAGCACUGCUGCUGUAUUACUACCGAAGCUGGGUUGGCAAGCGUUUUUCGAAGAGCCGGUUAUGUUACUUGCUUUCGUUCUGUUGGGAAGAGCUGUAGAAGAACGAGCAAAACUUCAAGCCAGUAGUGACAUGACUGCUAUAUUAAACUUUCUACCUACUAAGGCACGUCUCAUAGUGAAUAAUGGUGGGGAUGCUUCACGUACGAUGGAAGUUCCCGCGGAAAGCUUAUCCAUCGGUGAUGCGGUGAUGGUUCUUCCUGGAGAUCGCAUACCCGUGGAUGGUGUUGUGAGAGGUGGGAAGAGUACUGUAGAUGAAUCGAGCCUUACCGGGGAACCUUUACCAGUUUUGAAAGAGAUUGGGGAUGAAGUUAGCGCUGGAACCGUCAACUACAAUGGUACUUUGAGUGUGGAAGCUAGGAGGCCUGGUGGUGAGACAGUGUUAGGGGACAUUGUACGUAUGGUUGAGGAUGCACAAACAAGACAAGCGCCCGUCCAGCGGCUUGCUGACGAGGUGGCAGGAAAGUUUUGCUACGGAGUGAUGGCUCUGUCAGGAGCAACUUUUGCAUUUUGGAGCACGUUAGGACAACAACUGUUUCCAGCUGUGGUGCCGGCUGGGAGCGCUGUAUUGCUUGGGCUGCAAUUAGCUUGCAACGUUUUGGUUAUUGCCUGCCCUUGUGCACUUGGACUAGCUACUCCAACUGCCGUUCUGGUUGGAACUUCACUAGGUGCACGGAAGGGCUUGCUUAUAAGAGGUGGCGACAUUCUGGAAAAGAUCUCAACACUAGACACUAUUGUUUUUGACAAAACUGGUACUCUGACUAUAGGAAGACCUGUGGUCACCAAAGUCAUCCCCACCACAAGCAAGGAUGAUUCAAUUUUGGAUGGAAUAAGCGGUAUGAAUUGGAGUGAGAACGAGCUGUUAGCCCUGGCAGCAGGAGUUGAGCGCAGUACAACUCACCCAAUCGCAAAAGCAUUGGUGCAAGCUGCAGCUGCUGCAGAUUGCCGAUAUGCAGAAGUGAAAGAUGGUACAUUCGAGCAGGAGCCCGGAUCUGGAGCAAUGGCAAUCGUGGAAGGGAAAAGAGUGACUGUAGGCACUACAGAAUGGUUGCAAAGACAUGGAGCCUUUGGAAGUCCCCCUGAAGACUUGGAAGCAUCCUUGGAAGGCCAGUCUGUCAUAUACAUAGGGGUGGACAAUCAGCUCGCGGGAAGUGUCACAAUGAUGGACGAAAUUAGGGAAGAAGCUGUCGCAACUGUUACCGCUCUCAGAAUGAUGGGGAUUCAAACCUCAAUGUUGUCGGGCGAUAAGCAGGCAGCAGCGGAGGCUGUUGCGGCGAAAGUUGGGAUCCCCAAGGACCAGGUGUUCGCUGGUGUAAAACCAAAAGGCAAAGCCGAGUACAUCAUGCAGCUACAGAGGGAGGGUAAGAAGGUUGCUAUGGUUGGCGACGGAGUCAACGAUGCAGCUGCUUUGGCCCAAUCUGAAGUUGGAAUCGCUAUGGUUGGGGGAGUUGGAGCGGCCAGUGAAGUCGCAUCUGUAGUUCUCAUGGGAGACAAAUUGAGUCAGGUGGUAGACGCAAUGGAACUAAGUCGGGCCACAUUCAGAAAGAUCAAGCAAAAUUUGUGGUGGGCCUUUAUGUACAAUAUUAUUGGCAUACCAGUAGCAGCGGGAGUUUUGUUACCCAUCACCAACACAAUGCUUACGCCUUCCCUCGCUGGUGCGUUGAUGGGCAUCAGUUCGAUAGGAGUGAUGGCGAACUCUCUCGCUCUUCAUUUAGAAUCAAACAAGUUCUCGAGCUCCGGAAAGACGCCAUCGAAAUCUCCGCCACCUUACAUCUUGAACCCUCGAGCAGAUUAUGUAGUAGAUGUUAGUAAAGAUACAGAGGACAGUAAGAGUGACCUGGAAAAAAGUUUACUUCCUUCCCCUUCCAAGUAGUUUUAGUCAACAGAAUCAGGACCUGUCCUACAUGUAGAUAGAUAGUUUUCGGAAGUCCAGUGCUGCACCUAACCAACAUGCCAUAAUCCUCGAUAUCUGAAUCCUAUAAAAAUAGUCCCUCAUCCCUUCGAUCUUUCAUACAAAAGUCUCACCAAUUAAGAUGAAAGAAAGAAGCAUUGUACCUUUCGCUUUACAAUCGAUUCCCAGGGUGUUUUAAGUUCGAGGCCCACGCAAUCCAUCGAGGCGUACGUCAU